UCUCACAUGAGGCUCAGCCAGCAUCGCUCCGCUUUUACGCGCAGAACGAAGCCAGUGUUCCCUCCAGCUGCGCUCCUCCACGGUCCGGCCAUGCAGCUCAGCGCGCACGAGUCGUGCCAUUCCCUCUUCCUGCUCUGCCUCCUCCUGAGGAGCUGCCAGGCCUUCAAGAACGACGCCACGGAGCUGCUCUUCUCGCAUGUGAGCCCGCCGGUACCAGAGGUCCAGAGCAACGUGUCCCUGAACCGGGCGCGGACCGGCGGCAGAGCCGCGGCGGCGGCGGCGGCGGCGGGCAACGCUGCGCACGACAGAGGCGAGCGAAGUCAGAUCGGCUGCAGAGAGCUGAGGUCCACCAAGUACAUCUCGGACGGCCACUGCACCAGCAUCAACCCCAUCAAGGAGCUGGUGUGCGCGGGCGAGUGCCUCCCCGCUCAGAUGCUGGAGAACUGGAUCGGCGGCGCCCACGGCAGGAAGUUCUGGGGCCGCCGGAACGACAACCAGGACUGGCGGUGCGUCAACGACAAGACCCGCACCCAGCGCAUCCAGCUGCAGUGCCAGGACGGCAGCACGAGAACCUACAAGAUCACCGUGGUCACCUCCUGCAAGUGCAAGAGGUACUCGAGGCAGCACAACGAGUCGGCCAACAAGUUCGAGGAGCCGGUCGUGUCGCCGCCGCAGCUCCUGCACAAACACAAGUCCAAGAGCAAAAGGAGGCUGGGGAAGAACCGCCUGAGCGAGAACUGGCACGAGACGGAACCCUGAGAGGCCUUCCAGACUUUCAGAGCGACUCUCAAACCUUCAGGAGUUUUGUGUCUGUGAUGUUAAGACACGACAUCCGGAGGUUGUGGAUUAUCUCUGUGUGACUGAUUUAUGUGAAGCUGGUUCCUCACUACGAUGGAGAACUCCAAUGGGCACGCUGAGGACUCGUCUUGACGUUUGAAUCCAUGUGGUUGAAGAUAAUGUGAACGGGACUGAGCUUCCCGGAGCCACGCGUUGUCCCAGCUGUGGCCCCGUGCAUGCGUUCCUAUAAUCGUUUUAUAUGCGGAUGGAGAUCUGUAGCCAGCAAGGCGCCAACACCAGUAACCAACCAACACACAGCAUCUUAAAGAUAAACUCAUGUGUAAAUAUUUGUACAUAUAUCAAAUUCUUACUUGCCUUUUGAAGUAUGGCCAUGUGUAUAAAAUUUUACUAUGUAAGAUUUAUGAUGUAUGUGUGAUGUAAUAUAUUUCCUGAUCCGUUUUUGCUCGAGUGGCGUCAUCGUGUGGGUGAAGUCUGGAAAAGCUUUGUCAUCAAUCAUCCUUGUAAUAACUGUGUAUGAAAUAAAUAUCACUUUUUAUCUCA